UAGUUUAUACCUUAAGCCUGAGAAAGGUACCCCUCUCGGGCAGAUUGCUAGGAGAUGGUCCUUAAAAAACCAUGGGUAUUGCAAAAUUUUCGUCGACUUUCACAGGUCUUGCAGUCCUUGAGUUCAACUGUAUUUCAACAAGAAAUAUCUGUAACAAGGUGCUUAAUUCAUGAGAUUUACACAGCUGAUUUUAUUUGGGUUUUGUUCGCAGAGAAAAAUAGUUUCUUCUGGAAGAUGUAAGUUUUACAAGGUUUAACCACACAAACGUGAUUUCUCUUGACAGCACCCAGUACACCCAGUAGUCCAAUUUGUAGUAUGGCCAGCAAAGAGUAUACACCAGAGGAACUGAAUUAUUUCCGUGUUUGUUACAUCACCACCAACAUUAUCCGGGAAGGUCUGAGGAUACUGUUCAAACAGGAAUGGGAUCGGUGCCAUGGCAAAACACUGGGUGCAUGGGAAGACACUGCAAAGAAUGGGCUCGACUUUUUUAACAAUGAGUCAAAGAAAAGUCGGAGGAAGAAUUCAAGAGUUUUGGGAAUUAUCCAGAAAGGAAAGACAGAGGAAUGGGAUUGUACAUGUUUCUUCUUUGCAAUUCUCUAUUCUGACUCACUUGGAAAACUUUUAAGUCCAACAACUGCCGGAAGUGUUGAUGAUCUACGAGUUUUCCGCAACAAUGUCUUUGCACAUCUCUCUGAAGCUGUUAUUUUGGAAGCAGACUUUCAGGCACAUGCAAACAGGGUCUUGAAAGCACUCAACUCGCUGCAUCUUGACACUAAAGAGCUGCAAAGAAUAAUUAACCAAAGUAGUUUUCCCACUGGGGAACUUCAAAUGCUUCAAGAGCAAGUUCAUGUCUUGGAGGAUGAGAUAAAGGGUAAACCUAAGUCCUUCAAGGUACUUCCACUGGAACCAUCUCACAAAGUUGUUCAGAGAAAAAUGGAAGUGGAAGACAUAAUGCAAAAGUUCACAUUCCUCCAAAACACCAAUAAGGAUGCGUCCAUUGUUACAGUUUAUGUCUCAGGCAAUCCAGGUUGUGGGAAAAGUCAGAUUGCUCGGGAGGUUGGCAUACAGUUCUUUGAAAGAGAAUCUGCCAGAAGUGACCCUGACAGUUGUACACUUGUGAUGACCUUGAAUGCUGAAGAUGAACAGGCUAUGCUUGAUUCUUACUACAAAUUUGCCCGCAAAGUUGGUGUUACAGAAUACUCACUAAACAGUAUCACAGGAGGAGAGUCAAAGUUGAUGCCAUUUGAGAAGAUUUCUCAUCUCAAAGUGCUGAUAGGUGCCAAAGUGCAAAGCUAUUCCAGUUGGCUGCUCAUUUUUGACAAUGCUGAUGAACUGCAAAACACAAGAGAUUGCAGGUGUCAUGAUGAAAACAUAAGAGAUUGGUUGCCUGACGAAGAUUGGGGAGGCUGUGGACAUGUUCUUGUUACUACCCAGGACAGCACAAACAUACCAGUGGCCGAUCCCCUGUGUCAACAUGUCUCCCUGAGUCAAGGAAUGCAACCCAUGGAUGCUAUGAAUCUUCUACAAAGCAUUUGUCAGUUUUCUUGUAAUGCUGAAGAAGAGCAAAUUGUGCAGUUAGUUCUGAAUGCCUUGGAUAAUCAACCCUUGGCCAUUGCCUGUGCUGCGCUCUAUGUUUGCUACACAAAUGAGGGCAGUCAAAUGAAUCCUGAUAAAAUCUGGGGGAACUACCUCAAGAAAUUGGAAACCUUGAAAAAGCGAACCUCAACAGAGACUGUUUAUGAAAGGACAAACAAAAGCUACCGUUCUUCUAUGACCUCUGCUGUCACACUGGCAUUGAAAAGACUGGUGCAAAACCAAACCUUUGAACAUGUGGUUCAGUUUUUGGCUAUGGGCGCUCCAGCACCUGUUGAAAUUGAUCUCAUUGUCAGCUUUGUAACAAAGCAAGACCCAGAUUGUGAUGGAGACGUGACUGCUGCUGAAAUUUCCAAGUGCUCCUUACUGAUGCAGUUUUGUCCAGAUGAUAGUUCCAAAAGGCUCAUCAAGAUGCACCAAGUUGUACAUGAUGUCUUCAGGGAAUACCUUUGCCAAAAUUACAGUAAGGAGCAGAUUGCUGCAAUCAUUCUUUCAUACAUUGAAACUCUUUCCACUGCUGCCCAGCACAACCUACUUCAUUUUGACUUGGAGUUUCAUAUCUCUUCACAAAUGAUGGCUCCUCAUUUAAUGUGGCUUACUUAUACUGUCUGGAACACAGGGUUUCAAGACCUAACAGAUGUCUUGGAUACGGGAAAUGCAACUAGAGAUGUGAGGAAUUUACUGCAAAGCCCUGCUUUCUUAAGUUUUGGUGACAUUUGCAGGAAACAUUUUUUCCUGUCGGCAGCUACAACAUAUUUUCACAAUGCGCUUAAAAUUGCAAAGAAUGACUUUGAUGGUGCCGAUACCAACAAAGUCAAUUUUAUUGCAACUGUCUUGAACAACCUAGGUCUUGCUCAUCAUGAGAAUGGAAAUUAUCGGUUUGCUGAAGAUUGCCAUAUGCGUGCUCUGGAAAUUCUUCAAAAGCUUAACCCACAAAGCCCAACUCCUGAGAUUGCAGAUUCUUUCAAUAAAUUGGGAAAUGUUUUCUUCAAUAGUGGCAAGAUUGAAGAAGCAAGAGAUUAUUUCCAGAAGUCACUUGACAUGAGAAAGGCUCUCUAUGGUCAUCAGCAUCCUGAUGUGGCUGCCUCCCUUUCCAAUCUUGGAUCUGUGCACAGUGAGAUGGGUGACCUGGCAACUGCAAGGGACUUUUUCCAAAGGUCACAUGUUUUGAGAGAAGAGAAUUAUGGUGAAAUGCACCCUCAUGUUGCAGAUUCAUUGAGCAAUCUUGGAAUCCUGCAUAGUAAAAUCUGUUCCCACGAGGAGGCAAUACAGUACCAUGAACAUGCACUAGAAAUGCGCAAGAAACUUUUCUUUGAAGAUCAUGGACUAAUUGCUGAUUCUUACAAUAAUCUUGCUCUGGCAUACAAGUUUGCUGGUCAGCUUGAGAAAGCAAAAGAGUGCUUUCAAUCUGCAUUGCAUAUCAGAGAGAAAGUAUCAGGCAAAGACCAUCCAGCAGUGGCAGACCUGCUGAGUAAUCUUGGAGUGUUGUACAUGGAGCUGGGUGAGAUGGAAAAGUCCAAAGCUGUCCUACAUCGUGCAGUGAAAAUCAGUGACCACCGAGUGGGAAGCUAUAUGUUUAACCUCGGAUUGGUAUAUCAAUGCUGCCAGGAGUUUGACAAGGCAGCCGAAUAUUUUGAUGCGGCUGAGGAAACAAAAGUGAAGAUAUUUGAUUUUUGUGAUGGUUCCCGGACGGAGCACAAGUCGGAAGACGAAGGAUCAAACCAAGACCCAAAGUUCAAAGGAUUUAUUGCAGUUGAUAAGCCUGGUCAACACUUCAAGUCUGUGCACCAUUAUUCAUAUGCUGUUGCACAUGGAAGUUCUCCUGAUCCCUUUCCUCUGAAGAGAUACCCUAUAACAUCUCCACCAGAAAGUGCAUGAUUUGUCGAGAUUGCAGGUACAU